AUGAGUAAUGUUAAGCAACGAGAACCACCCAAGUUCCCAUGUGAAAUAGACACGGAGUUGGAUAGAAUCAGCAGCUUACCUGGGCAUGUUUUAGACCAAAUUUUAUCACUUUUGCCAAUUAGGGAUGCAGUGAGAACUAGUGCUUUAUCAAGAAAGUGGAGGUAUAAAUGGUCUCAAAUUCCUCAUCUCGUGUUUGAUACUCAAUGCAUCUCGACAAAUUCACAAGAUCAAACUGUUGUCAAGAAUAAGCUUGUCAAUAUUAUCGAUCAUGUGCUUUUACUUCACAAUGGCCCAAUUUACAAGUUCAAACUAUCUCACCGUGACCUUUUAGGUCUUAGUGAUAUUGAUCGAUGGAUUCUUCAUUUAUCGAGACGUUCUACCAAAGAAUUUGUACUUGAGAUAUGGAAAGGCCAGCGGUAUAAGUUGCCUUCUUGUUUGUUCUCGUUUGAGAACUUGAUUCAUUUGGAGUUAUUUAAUUGUUUGCUAAAACCUCCUUUGGCUUUCAAAGGAUUCCGGAAUUUGAAGAGCCUUGACCUUCAGCAUGUUACCCUGGCACAGGAGGUGUUUGAGAAUCUAAUUUCUAGCUGUGCUCUGCUUGAGAGGUUGACAUUGAUGAACUUUGAUGGUUUUACUCAUCUUCACAUCAAUGCUCCAAAUCUUCAAUUUUUUGAUGUUGGAGGUGUUUUCGAUGAUGUUAGUUUCGAGAAUACUUUUCUAUUGACUCUGGUUUCCAUUGGAUUGUAUGUGAGAGUCAAAAAUGACCAGAUUGUGUCUCAUGGGAGUUCUAGUAGAUUGGUCAGGUUUUUUGUUAAUCUGCCCCAUAUUCGAAGGCUUGAGAUUCAGAGUUACUUUCUUAAGUACUUGGCUAUCGGUAAAGUUCCAAGCAAGUUUCCAAAACCAUGCAUUGAUCUGAACUACCUUUCUAUACGCAUAAAUUUCAAUGACUUUGAGGAGAAUUCAGCUGCCUUAUGCCUCUUGAGAAGCUGCCCCAAUUUGCAAGAAAUAGAGAUGUUGGCUCGCCCAGAGGAACAAGCUUCUGUGGGACCAGUAACUGAUUUCUGGAAAGAUGACCAUUGGAAGUGCCUAUUUGGCCAACUGCGACUAGUAAAAAUAGUUGGCAUCUCUGGCAUUAGAUCUGAACUCGAUUGCAUUAAGUUUCUGCUUUCAAACUCUCCUGUGCUCGAGACGAUGACUGUUAAACCUGCUUCCAACGAGGGAGGAUGGGAGUUGGUAAAAGAAUUGCUUCGUUUUCGCCGAGCCUCAAUCCAAGCAGAAGUCAUUUAUCUGGAGCCAUAA